AUGUCAAACGUAAACCAAUUGACAAUAUAUGGAGUUGAUAUUCAACUUAUUCGAACAUUAUUAAAGAUAAUUAUAUUUAUUUCAAUUGCUGGUGCAGCUAUAAGUUCAAGAUUAUUUUCAGUAAUUCGAUUUGAAGCAAUAAUUCAUGAAUUUGAUCCAUGGUUCAAUUUUAGAGCUACUAAAUAUUUAGUAACUCAUUCAUAUUAUGAAUUUUUAAAUUGGUUUGAUGAUAGAACUUGGUAUCCUUUAGGUAGAGUCACUGGAGGAACAUUAUAUCCUGGAUUAAUGGUUACUUCAGGUGCAAUUUGGCAUAUUUUGAAAAAUUAUUUUAAAUUACCUGUUGAUAUUAGAAAUAUUUGUGUGUUAUUAGCACCGGCAUUCAGUGGAUUAACUGCUAUAUUCACUUACUUUUUGACAAAAGAAAUGAAAGAUUCAUCUGCUGGUUUAUUAGCUGCUAUAUUUAUGGGUAUUGCUCCUGGUUAUAUUUCAAGAUCAGUUGCGGGAUCCUAUGAUAAUGAAGCAAUUGCAAUUACUUUAUUAAUGGCAACAUUCUAUUUCUGGAUAAAAUCAAUGAAAAUAGGAAGUGUAUUUUAUGCUACUAUUACUGCUUUAUGUUAUUUUUAUAUGGUUAGUGCAUGGGGUGGUUAUGUGUUUAUUACAAAUUUAAUACCAUUACAUGUUUUUGUUUUGUUGUUGAUGGGUAGAUAUAAUCCAAAAUUAUAUACUGCUUAUACUACGUGGUAUGCAUUGGGAACUUUAGCUUCAAUGCAAAUUCCAUUUGUUGGAUUUUUGCCAAUUAGAUCAAAUGAUCAUAUGGCUGCAUUGGGAGUUUUUGGUUUAUUACAAUUGGUUGCAUUUGGUGAUUAUGUUAAAUCAAAAGUUCCAAAUAAACAAUUUAAAAGUUUUUUAAUAGUUUCAGUUGUAUUUGUUUUUGGUUCUGGUAUUGCUGCAUUAUUUGGUUUAACUGCAAUGGGUUGGAUUGCUCCUUGGACUGGAAGAUUUUAUUCAUUAUGGGAUACAAAUUAUGCAAAAAUUCAUAUUCCUAUAAUUGCAUCAGUUUCAGAACAUCAACCAACUGCUUGGCCUGCAUUUUUUUUCGAUACAAGUAUGUUAAUAUGGUUAUUCCCAGCUGGGAUUUAUUUAUGUUUUCAAGAUUUAAAAGAUGAACAUGUAUUUGUUAUAAUUUAUUCUGUAUUAUGUUCUUAUUUUGCUGGUGUUAUGGUUAGAUUAAUGUUGACAUUAACUCCGGUUAUUUGUGUUUCUGGUGCAAUUGCAUUGAGUAAAUUAUUUGAUGUUUAUUUGAAUAUAAAAGAUGCAUUCCAUGGAGACAACAUUUCAAUUUCAAAAGUAAUUAGUAAGUUAACAGUUUUAUUAUCAUUUGGUUUUUAUUUAUUUUAUUUUGUUUUACAUUGUACUUGGGUUACUUCAAAUGCUUAUUCAUCACCAUCAGUUGUCCUUGCUUCAAGAAAUCCAGAUGGGUCACAAAAUUUAAUUGAUGAUUAUAGAGAAGCUUAUUAUUGGUUAAGAAUGAAUACUCCAGAAGAUGCUAAAGUUAUGGCAUGGUGGGAUUAUGGUUAUCAAAUUGGUGGAAUGGCAGAUAGAACAACUUUAGUAGAUAAUAAUACUUGGAAUAAUACUCAUAUUGCAACUGUUGGUAAAGCAAUGGCAUCACCAGAAAAUGUAAGUUAUGAAAUCCUUAAAAAACAUGAUGUUGAUUAUGUUUUAGUUAUAUUUGGUGGAUUGUUAGGUUAUUCUGGUGAUGAUAUAAAUAAAUUUUUAUGGAUGGUUAGAAUUGCUGAAGGUAUUUGGCCUGAUGAAAUUAAAGAAAGAGAUUUUUUCACAGAUAGAGGUGAAUAUAAAAUGGAUAAAGAUGCAAGUGAAACUAUGAAAAAUUCAUUGAUGUAUAAAUUAUGUUAUUGGAGAUUUUCUGAAUUAUUUGGUGGUAGAGAUGGAGUUGAUAGAGUUAGAAAUCAACAAAUUCCAAUAAAUGCAGUACCUGAAUUGAAUGUUGUUGAAGAAGCAUUUACUUCUGAGAAUUGGAUUGUUAGAAUUUAUAAAGUUAAAGAUUUAGAUAAUGUUGGUAGAGAUUUAUACGAUGCUACAAAAUUUGAGAAUAAAAAAUCCGGUAAAAGAAAUAGAAUUGUUAAAAGACCAAAGAUUGAUUUAAGAGAAUGA